AGGCAAUCUAUUUAUCAGGCUUUAAGGCUUUUGGCCACCUAGGAAGAAGAAGAAGAAAGCUUUUGUUAUGUCUAUAAUAUAUAGACUCUAUAUGUAGAUAAACAAGUUAUCCUUUUUUCUUAGAAGACUUUUUCUAUGGUUUACGCGUAUACGAUUUUUAUCUAUGAUUUUGACUUUUUCAUUAUGGUUUUCAAAUGUGCUGUAGUUAAUUGUAGAAAUACUAAUAAAGAGGCAAUUCUACACUCUUUUCCUAAAGAUCCUGAGCUAUUCAACAUGUGGGUUGAAGCAAUCCAAAGGAAAGACAUCACUAUGUCUAGGAGGAUAACAUCAAAGGUGUGUGAUCUUCAUUUUUCAGAUAAAAUGAAAUUUGCCACAAAUCGAAAUAGAACCAAUAUUAGGGCAAAUGCAUUUCCAGACCUACGAUUGCCAGUAAAUAAUAUGAUGGAAGAGGAGGAGGUCCAUUUAUUCGAUGACUUUGUCACUGAAGACAGUAUUUACCUCAUAAACUCUGAGGGUGUAGAAAAGGACAACCAAUCACUUUUAGACCCUUUGAAUACCAUUAAUAAAGUACAAAGUCCUAUUGAACCAAAAAAUACUGGAAAUUAUGAAGAACUUAAAAAUGAUUGUUGUGUUGAGACUGCAGUUGAUGAAAGUUGUAAAGAAAGUGAAGCAACUGAUACAGAUGUUGAUGAUGAUGAUGAUGAUGAGGAUUCAUCCACUUCUGAAAAUAAGGAAAAAAACAAUGAGGUUAGAAGAUCCACAAGAAGUAAAAAAAAAAUUGUCACAAUAGUUGAUGGUGAUAGCGAUGAAGAACGUGACUUUUCUGCCGAUGAAGAUUCAUCGUACACUCCUGAAGAUGAAGAAGAUACAGGAAAAAGAUAUAAUCGACGAAUUAAAUCAGGAUCUAAAAUCAACGAUAGUGACGAACAAAGUGACGAUUCCGAUCCUGGAGAUGAAAGUGAAAAAAUGCAAUGCAAUAUCAAAGAAGAAGGUAGUGAUAGUGACUUUUCUGAAGAUGAUAAAAAUUCCCUACAUAAUGAAGAUGAAGAAGAUGAUGAUGAAGCCACGUUUGAGACGAAAAUUGAAGUGGAAAAUCAUGGGGUUAAAUAUGAUGAUGAAGAUGAAUCAGGGUCUGACAGUGAAGUUUUAAAUAAAGAAGACACGAAAAAUACUGUCGAAAAAAAUAGUACUUCCGAAGUCAGAAAAAGGAAGUCGAUAAAAGACAACAAACACCGUUGUCUGCAUUGUUCAAAAGCUUACACAAGAAGAUCUACUUUAAAACAGCACAUUCAGAACCAUCAUGGCGAUCCCUUACAAAGAAUUACAUACAAAUGUCCGCAUUGCCCAAAGGCUUACACAAAAAAGACUGCUUUAAAAUGUCACGUUCAAAACCAUCAUGGCGAUCCCUCCCAAAGAAAAAAAUACAAGUGUCCACAUUGCGACAAACUGCUAUCGAGUAUGGGAUGUAUAACGACGCACAUAAAAUCACAACACAUGUCGGUUACAUACAGUUGUUCACAUUGCUCGAAAAAGUAUAAAACAAAGCAUAACCUAAAAUAUCACGUCCGAGUCGAACACGGCGAUCCCCUACAAAGGGAACGGUACAAGUGUGCGCAAUGUCCGAAAGCUUUCACAAGAAAUGAUUGGUUAAAACUCCACGUUCAAAACCAACACGGCGAUCCCCUUAAACAAAUUAAAUACAAAUGUCCGCAAUGCCAAAAAGAUUUUUCGAGAAGAGUUUAUUUAAAUAAACACGUUGAAAACCAACACGGCGAUCCCGUGGAAAGAAUCAGAUACCAAUGCCCGCAUUGCCCGAAAGCUUUAACAAAACGUUCUUAUUUAAAACUCCACGUUGAAAGGCAACAUGGCGAUCCCCUGCUAAGAAAAAAGUUCAAGUGUCCGCACUGCCCGAAAACGUACUCGGUCGGGAAAACUUUAAACGACCACAUGAAAGGCCAACACGGCAACUCCGCGCAAAGAAAAAAGUACGCGUGUCCGCAUUGCGGCAUAGUACUCCUAAAUGGAUCGGCUAAACUCGCGCACAUCCGGUUAAAACACGAGGGCUUCAGGGUCACUUGCCCGCAUUGCCCGAAAACGUUCUCGCAAAAAUACAAGUUAAAUCAGCACCUCAAAAACAAACAUGGCGAUCCGAAAGAGCACAAGUGCGCACAGUGCGACAAAAAGUUCACAGAAAAAGACUACUUAACGCGACACGUUAAAGUAAAACAUGAAGGAUAUAAAUACGCGUGCGCACAUUGCCCGAAAACCUAUAAACAUGAACAAAUAUAUAAACAGCACGUCGAAAGCCAACACGGCGAUCCCAUGCAAAGGAAAAAGUACGACUGUUCGCAAUGCGACAAAACUUUUUCUACCGUACAAAGUUUAAAACGUCACGUUCAAACGACACACAAAGGCUACAAAUUCCGCUGCCCACAUUGCCCACAAACGUACAUUAACAAGGCAAACUUGGACAAGCACCUUCAAAUCUUACAUGGCGUGCAAAAAGAAAAAUACAAAUGUCCACUUUGCGACGAACAAUUCUCCACUAGGCAAAGUAGAGGCGCGCACUUCGAACAAAAACACGACGGCCACCGUUACAAAUGCCCACAUUGCCCGAAAACUUUCAAAAGAAACGAGCAGUUGAAACUUCACCUCCAAGACCAGCACGAGAAUGCCUUGCUGAGAAAAAAAAUCAAAUGUCCGCAGUGUGCGAAGAGUUUCCUAAGAAGAACCUACCUAAUCCGGCAUAUUAAAAUAAAGCACGGCGGUUUUAAAUGCAAGUGUCCUCAUUGCCCGAAAAAAUUCACAAGAAGUGAUGGUUUGAAACGGCAUGUCCAAGAUCAACAUUCCGUAAAAAGAAAAAAAUACAAAUGUCCGCAUUGCCGGAAAGCUUUGACAAGCAGGGCUAAUUUAAACCACCACGUUCAAAACCAACAUGGCGAUGCACUAAAAAGAAAAAAAAUCAAUUGUCAGCAUUGCGACAAAAUUUUCCUAACGAAACACGGGUUGGCAGGGCACAUGAAAAUAGCACACGAAUGUUAAAUAUUGACAGGUAAAAAUUCCUUAAAACUCAAACAUUCUGUUAAAAGGUCCUUAUCAAGGUAGGAUUUUUUUUGGUACAGUAUACAGUACAGUAUCAUUAUCAACCAUAGUGAUUGUCUUAAAUUAAUUAUUAACUUUUUCUUAAUUAAUACCUAAUUAUGAUUUUUAUAUAAAAACAUGUACACCUCUAGAACUUUCUACAGUUUAUUUUUUAAAGUAUGGAGUCUUUACAAUAAUUUACCAAGUGAUAUAAAAAUAUGUGAUAAUUUAAAAAUCUUUAAGAAAAUGUUU